CACGGAAGUGGUCGUCGUCGCGGCGGCACCGGUGGGAGUAGGGCCCUGGGCUGGGAGUGCGGCUGGCGAGCGGACGGGCGGCGGAGGCCUCGCAGCGGCGGCGGCGGCUUAAGGCGCAGGCGUGGUUCGUUGGGUGUGAGUCCGCUGACCUCACGUGCAGGUCCUCAGCCCUCUCUCCUGCCCGUCGGAACCCGGGAGCAGGAACCCGCUUAGCCGGCGUCAUCAUGACCAAGGCCGGUAACAAGGGCGGGAACCUCCGCGACAAGCUGGACGGCAAUGAGCUGGACCUGAGUCUCAGCGACCUGAAUGAGGUCCCCGUCAAGGAGCUGGCUGCACUCCCAAAGGCCACCGUAUUGGAUCUGUCCUGCAAUAAACUGAGUACUCUUCCGUCGGAUUUCUGUGGCCUCACACACCUGGUGAAGUUGGACCUGAGCAAGAACAAGCUGCAGCAGCUGCCUGCAGACUUUGGCCGCCUGGUCAACCUUCAGCAUUUGGAUCUCCUCAACAACAGGCUGGUCACCCUGCCUGUCAGCUUUGCUCAGCUCAAGAAUCUGAAGUGGCUGGAUCUGAAAGACAAUCCUCUGGAUCCUGUCCUGGCCAAGGUGGCAGGAGAUUGCUUGGAUGAGAAGCAAUGUAAGCAGUGUGCAAACAAGGUGUUACAGCACAUGAAGGCGGUGCAGGCGGAUCAGGAGCGAGAGCGGCAGCGCCGGCUGGAAGUGGAGCGAGAGGCAGAGAAGAAGCGAGAGGCCAAGCAGCAAGCUAAGGAAGCAAAGGAACGCGAGCUGCGCAAGCGGGAGAAGGCAGAGGAGAAGGAGCGCCGGCGAAAGGAGUACGAUGCCCAGAAAGCUUCCAAGCGAGAGCAGGAGAAGAAGCCCAAGAAGGAAACAAAUCAGGCCCCAAAACCUAAGUCUGGCUCUCGUCCUCGCAAGCCACCACCCCGAAAACAUACUCGCUCCUGGGUCGUGCUGAAGGUGCUGCUGCUGCUGCUGCUGAUCUGUGUGGCAGGAGGGCUAGUUGCAUGCCGGAUGACAGGGCUGCAACAGCAGCCCCUCUGCAGUAGGGUGAACACCAUCUACGACAAUGCCGUCCAGGGCCUGCGUCAUCACGAGAUCCUCCAGUGGGUCCUCCAGACCGACUCCCAGCAGUGAGCUUGUCCUCAGCACCGCUGCCUCCCAGCCUUGGAGCUUGGAUUCCUAUGGAAUUAGGUUCUGCUGGACACAACCUCUUUUUAGCGUCAGACCUACCUGCCAGCAUCAGAUGGCUGCUGACUGGUACUUGAGAUCUCCCCUUUGUAGGACUCUUUGUUCCUUAGUCAGGGUUCCCUGGUGGAAUGAGGAGAAAUGGAGAGGGGGGAGGAAGAGUUACCUGCAUGCCUAAGGAAUAGGCUUAGGGGCGGGGAGAGAAGACAUAGACUUUUCUAGUUACACAAAGCUAUGUAAGGCAAGGUUCCUUUCUACUAAAUGGUCAGCUGUCACUACAUUUAUACUUUUGUAUGUCACAAACCCUUCCUUUCAUUCCUCCCUGGGUAACCAGGACAGGUUGGAGGAUUAGGGAUACUUGGGCAAAUCUAGCCUAAGCUGUGAGGGUGAAGUAAUAUGUUUCCUUAAAGAUCUCAGACAUUUGAGCAUUUUAAUAACAUAAAAAAUGCCUGGCUGUGAAGGUCAUUUCACUGCCAUUGGUCCAGUGUAACCCUGAGGCAGAGCAGAAGAGGCCAUCCAUGACUUGACUACAGUGUUCUAGCUAGUCUAAAGCAGAACCCAACUCUCACUCGUUUUCUUCCUUUCCUUGAUGCCAUUUGGCCUCCUUGAUAAUACCCAAGAGAAUGAACUCACACCAGAACUGUCUCAGCCAAAGUGAGUCUUUCAUAAUAGACAAGUCUUGCCACCCACAAAUAGAUCUCAUACCACCAAGGCCCUAGGAAGCUCCUGUGGAAUUCUGCCUCAACUUAAACGGCUUCCUCAAAAUGGCAGCAGGCCAGUCUCCUUGCCUCAGUUAGAGCAUUAAGUCCCUGAUGGCCUGGAAGCGCAGAGGCAGGGCUACAAAGCUGCUUGGGGCGGGUCCACUAGAACUUGGUGUGAUGAAAUACCUCAGAGGCAGCCUAGAAACUUGACUUCAGAGCAGGUUUGGAGUUGAUUCUGGACCUGUAACAGAAGGGAAGGAAGCGGAAAAGUGGGAGCCAAAGGGAAAGAGUCACAUGGUGCUGUAGAGUGGUACACCGACAUCACUAGACAUUAGCACAGCACAGCAGCCCCGCCCACCUUCCUGCUGCACAGAGCAUUGUUGCCCCCCCCUUGUCUCUUCACAGCAGCUGGAUGACAGGAUCAGAAAUAACUGUGUCUUGGUGCUUAUCUGCUAAAAACUCCCCAACUGCAAGCUCCUCGCCGCUUCCCUAAGGGACCAAGUACCUGUCAUAGUUCAGAGAGUGUAGCUCUAAUGGCCCAUCUGGAUAGCUCUGCCACUCAAAACUGCCCUGACACUGGAAGAAAGGCCUUUGUUUUCUCCUCCCCCAGACAGCUCUGCCGUGUAGCUCACCCUACUCAGAAUCACUACACAUUCCUUAGUCUUCCUCCAAGCUCCAGAGCCAUUGGUACAAAUGCUUUAUUGAGACGAAAAUACAUACUACACAUGGUGACAUCAUGAAAACAGAAGUCAGUCUAGUCAUAGUUCCCUGGCUGGUUGAGGCAGCUCAGUGGCUGAGCCUAGUCAAGCCAACCUGCAGGCAAGAGUUCACUCUGACUUCGAGAUUUGAUGAUUAUUCUUUGGAUUUCUACGAUUAUUAAAUCCAUGUCCGAGUGGUC